AUGGCUGAGAAAGUUAUGAGCAGUUUCAAGAUCGAGAAGAAUCGGGCUCCACUUCUAAUCCAUCUCCCCACCGAGAUCUUGAUCAUGAUCAUGAAGUAUUGCCCAAACAUCUCAUCUCUGUGGGGUCUCAUCAACGCCUCGUCUCGUCUCAAUUUGAUAUUCAUGAAUAUGGCCCGAGAAGUUGUUGAGUAUGUCAUGGCAGCAACAUUGCCCGUCCGUAUCAGAAACCACAUGAUGAUAGUAUUGUUGACACGCACGUCACCGAACUCUCUACUCGAUAUUGAUCAUUUGCUGAAGUACAUGUCUGAAGAAUUCAACCUGGAGUCUCUGCCAGACAAAACUUCGCCACAGGUAUUUCGCGAUCUUCUAAAAUUAGCACAUACCCUCCACGGAGUAGCACAUGCUUGUUUGGACUUUUAUCUCGAGAAGACAAAAGCAAUGAAUCCGCAACGAUUGAGUGACACUGAGGUUCAGGGGAUCUACAAAAAUCGGAGGAUACCUAGGCAUAAAUUCGAUGGGUUACAGGGCCAGCCCUACCAGCCAAAAUAUUCUGGGCCUGCGUCAUACUUGGAAGAACAGACGACUAUCCGGUUCCUUUGGCGAUUACAGAUAUUUCUUGACCUUAAAACCGCCUGCAACGUAGGUGCAUUGGCCCAUUGGCCGGAGGAAGAGCAAAAUCGUCUUCAGGGGAUGGCCAUGCUUGACUUCUUAGAACUUUUUUAUGUUCCUGGGCGCAGUAGGAGGAGAUAUUCAUAUGAGCAAGAACAGCUCUUCACCGUGAUCAACUUUGUCAACGAGACUUUGGGCGAACAGCCAAGUGAAGCCGAGGAUGAAUUGGCUCGCUUUUUGCAUCGACCGCCUGCAGCGGUCUACAAUAGGGGAUAUCAACUGCCUUGCUUACCCAAACCCGGUCCAACUAUGGAAAGGAUGUCCGGCCGUGACGUCCUUAUUGACAUCGACUCUGAAAUUGGACGGGCACAGAUGGGUUGGAGAUUCCAUACAAUAAUGACUACGGACGUGACAAAGUCUCCUCUACUUCAUUUCUCCUUUAAGCCAUACCGCAAAUUUGGAUUUGCUUUCUGGCGAGACGAGCGAAUGAUCGAACUGGGGUUUCUGGAACCGGAAAUCAACCGCUGGGGGUUGUGGGAACCCUAUAGUUUAUACUUCACGUGGAGGAGUAUCCUCUCGCCAGAUGAAAUUGCUCAGGAACUUGGGAGUACCUGA